AUGAAAUUUUUAUUGUUAUUAUCUGUUUUUGGAUUGUCGGCAUUACUGGGAAACGUCAGUGCCGAUGAUAAAACCGCUAAAGGACCUAAAGUUACCCAAGUAGUGUACUUAGACCUAAAACGAGGCGAUGAGGAUCUCGGUAGGGUUAGAAUAGGUCUUUUUGGUAAUACAGUCCCUAAGACAGUAAAAAACUUUGUUGAGUUGGCACAAAAAGAAAAAGGCCAAGGAUACAAAGGAAGUAAAUUCCACCGUGUAAUUGAAAACUUUAUGAUCCAAGGAGGUGACUUUACUAAAGGAGACGGUACAGGAGAUGAAAACUUCAAGCUGAAGCAUUACGGAGCCGGAUGGUUGUCGAUGGCCAACGCUGGUAAAGAUACUAACGGGUCACAAUUUUUUAUCACUACUGUAAAAACUCCUUGGCUGGACGGUAGACACGUCGUAUUUGGCAAAGUUAUCGAAGGAAUG